AUGAACAUCAGCGAAGACUCACAGAAUGAAAGUGGCUACCGAUAUGCAACUAAUGAUAUGUUCAGGAACUACAAAACCUGGCAGCUCACAAAGUCUUGGGAUAGUGAUGAGCACGAGACCAAGAUAUUUAACGGCGUACCACACAAGAGUCAUGAUAUCGGAGGCUUGCCCAAGGUUAUCAACGAGCAACUCGAGGCCACCGAAGAAAGCCGUAAGGAUCUUUUGAACGAUUAUCUUGCUAUCAAGAAGACGAUUGAGCUCCAACGAUUGAACACGAUAUACUUUGAAAACCGGGUGCAGGCCAUCAGCAGGCAAGAGCAUACUGCUUCGACGCCGAAGACCACCGAAGAGAUGCCAACACAAGGCGCGAAUGCUUCUACCAGGCGGGCAGGCGCAGUGACGAUUCACCUCUCGAAGCGGCCGUUACCAAGAGGUGAUUACGAUGACGCUUUUGAGUUCCCAGAGCGAGUUUGA